UUAUGGCUGAGUAAUAUUCCAUGGUAAAGAUAUACCACAUCUUCUGUAUCCAUUCCUCUGUCAAUGGGCAUUUAGGUUGCUUCCAUAGCCACAUGAACAAUUCAAACCCAGCUCAGAAGAGAAAUGUUUCCUGAGACAGGAUUUGGGGAUUAAGUACCACCUGGGCUCCCUUCUGGGUACACAUCCUGCCUCCCUUGGAGCUGGGCUCAGCCAUGUGACUUGCUGGAGCUAAAGGAACAGGAGCAGCAAUGACCUUGCUCCAAUCAACUCUGACACCAUGCGAAGCUGGUGAUGUAAACUGAUGGGAGCCCCCAUCAGCCUGGGUCCCUUAGCAAUUCCGAAGAGCAGAGUCCCCGCGGGGCAGUCCUGACACGUGUGGUAUAAGCAGAAAUAAAUUUUUGUGGCCUUAAACCCCUGAGAUGUGGAGAUUAUUCAUUACAACAGCACAAUCAAUCCUAUCCCGACGAAUACUCAUUCUAAGGAACAAAUAUGAGAAAGUCAAUAAAUCACAGGAGGUUUUCUCCCCCUCCUCCCAUUUCUCCAAACUUCUCCUCUAACCACCACCACAACCACCUGAGAGAAAAUGAAGAAACCCUUUUGCGUACAAAUCUAAUAUUCCUAGUUCUUUCCUUCGUUUUCCAGCUCAGGGGUGGUGAUGUGAUGAGAUUUCCGAGAGACCGUUUGGGUCAUCCUCCAAGGUACUAUCAUUAUGGUGGGGAUCAAUGUCUGGACGCAUCUGUUUCUCAGUCGUCGUCAUGACAUUCUCAUGUCAUUCUCGCUUGACAGAGAUAUUUUGGGGCUGCAAAGUGAUUUGCCUUAUUUUCUUCAAGUGAGAGAAAAUACAUUCCUAUCUGAGUCAGGUUGCCUUCUACUUGAAACGACAAGCUAGCCACCUGCCAAAGGUGAAGCUGUGAAAACAAGGAGGUCUUGGGAUUCUAUCUCUUCAGAAAAGAGGGGGGUGAGAGGGUUUGAAACCUAGGGAGCCUCUCCCCAGAAAACACACCCACAGACAGUGUGGUUCAGCCUCAGGAGGCUCAUGGGACAGCACUCCUGAACCAGGAGACACGUUUCCACCUGCCCUAGAACGAUGUCACACAGCAGAGCAGUGAUGUCCCACAGCAGAGCAGUGUAGGCAGAGGAAGUCACACCCAAUUCAGAAGCUUGAGUCCAAGCUCUGGCACUGCCCCUACUAGCCAUGAAAUCAGAGUGCUGUGUCCUUUUAGAAAGGCGACAUCUCUUCUGAGCUUACUGUGUGUCACACAGCAUUUUAAGAUGGGGACAGAGCUACAAGGAUGGUUAGGACAGGAGGCCUGUCCCAGGCACCCUCUUGGCUUAGUGUACAAAUACAGGAGAAGACUCCCCUCCCCCUCCCCCUCCCCAGUUCUAGUCCCAGAGUGCUGGUUUCUAGGACUCUGACUAGGCCUCCUUUGCCAAUGGGUGGGGUCACCGAGCUUUAUAAAGUUCCUUUGUAAAGAUUUUCUCUCAUUCCCUGGUUGUCUUUUUUUUUUUUUUUUUUUUUUAAUGGCUUCCUUUGCUGUGCAAAAGCUUUUAAAUUUAGUUAGGUCCCAUUUGUUUAUUUCUGUUUUUAUUUCCAUUACUCUGGGAGGAACCAAAAAAAAAAUACUGCUGUAUUUUAUGUCAAAAAUCUACUAUAAGGAUCCAUGUACUGUAAUUUCAAAUUCCGCUUCUUCAUUGCUGUAUAGAGGAAAACUAUUGACUUUUUGUGUAUUAACCUGAUAUCUUGCAACAUGCAAUGAGUACUGAUUAAUUUCGAGUUUAUUCUUCCAGAUUUUCUACCUAAUACAAACAUGUCACCUGCAAACAAAGACAAUUUUUCCCCUUCUCAAACUGUAUACCUUGGAUAUCUUUUUCUUUUCCAAUUGUCUUAUUGCUAGGACUUUCAGUUCGAUGUUGAACAGUAGCGGUGAGAAGGGACAGCUUUGCCUGGUUCCUGAUCUUAGUGGGAAAGCUUCUAUUUUCUCACCAUUAAGUCUGAUGUUAGCAUUCGGCUUUUUGUACAUUACAUUCCUUUAAAUGCGGGGAGAGGUGAGGAGGCACUGGUAUAAAGGAUGAUUUCAAGCAAAAGGUGUUGGAUCCCACUUCCCCGGAGUUAUCUCCACCCAGGCCUUUCCUUUCCUUGAUUUAGUCCUCCUCCUGGCAGACAUCUCCGGUCUCCUCAUCUGUGUCUAUUGUACGUGGUUAUGCCUGCCUGGCUUUAGAGCCAAUCCUAAUUAAGCCACAAAGUCCACAGGCAACAGGACAUCCCAACAAAUGGGGCGAAUAAUUAGUAUUUGGUGUUUCUAGAGUAAGUCUGGGGCAUUUUUAUGGUCACUGAUCUAUUACUUCUCCUAAUCUACAUUUGUUCAGUCCACAAAACUAAAUGGCCACUCACUUCCUCAAUAGCACCAUUACCACUCUUCAUUUUCUGAAGCCGAAUAGUCUAGGUUGGAGCCAUGACGUGUACCUGGCUUUUGCAAGCCUCCAUGGUCCUCCAGGAGCUUAUAUUUUCCCAUAUGUCUACAUUUCAGCUUCAAGCUGGACUAACCACCAGAACAUGAUGCUGUUUUUCUACUGAACAUCACUGUUGCCAUUUUGUUACAACUCCUGACAAAACAUGCCUCAUCCCUGCCCCCUUGCUGGAUCCAUCCCUUUAGGUCCACAAACCUUAUGAUAUCACAUACGGUUCUGCCUUUAAAGAGCCAGACCCGCAACUCAGUUUUACUUAAUCCAGUUGCAGUUUCCUCUCAAAAUUGUUAGGCUUAAUAUGUCUCGUAGCUAUACUACCUUCGUUAAUAAUUCUGACUUCCUUUGUCUCUUUUCACCCUAAUGUUAUUUCCCUAGAAAGACAGCAUCUCAUCUGAUCCUGCUAAUCCAUUAGAAAUCAAUUCUUGAAAUAUGUACAGUGUCAAGAUAAUUCAUAUAAAAGGAGAAAAUGAUGUCUUAUCAUUAUACUUAUUUAGGUCGUAUUAUGAGAAAAUUAGGCUACCAUCUCCAUUGCAAUGUCUCCUAAACCUGUAUUUCUGGCCCAGAUCCCUUCUAAGUGUCAGAUUCAUAUAUCUAACUUAGACCUUUCCACCUGGAUGUAUUUCAGGUACUUCAAACUCAACCUAUCAGCCUGAAACGCAGUUUUCACUCUGGCCUUCCUCACCUCCCUGAUCAACAACAAUUAUAGAAACCUUGCUUGGGAGUUCCCGUUGUGGCGCAGUGGUUAACGAAUCCGACUAGGAACCAUGAGGUUGCGGGUUCCUUCCCUGGCCUUAUUCAGUGGGUUAAGGAUCUGGCGUUGCCGUGAGCUGUGGUGUAGGUCGCAGACUCGGCUUGGAUCCUGAGUUGCUGUGGCUCUGGCGUAGGCUGGUGUCUACAGCUCCGAUUAGACCCCUAGCCUGGGAACCUCCAUAUGCCGUGGUGGGCGUGGCCCUAGAAAAGGCAAAGAGACAAAAAAAAAAAAAAAAAAAAAAAAAAAAAAAAAAAAACUUGCUUAUCUUUAUUUAUCUCGUCUACCUAAUUGCCCAGAGUGGGAAUUGGGCUACAUUUUUCAUUCUUUCACACUUCACAUCCAAUAAACCAACCCAAAUAUUUCUUGAGUCCAUCCAUUUCUUACUAUGCCCACUGACGACAUCCUAAUUCAGGCCACCCCACAAUGGCCUCCCGGGGCCCUCACAGUAAAAUUCAAACUGGUUAACAUUGUACAGCAGACUUCUUUCUCAAAGUAUUAGUGUGAAUCAACUCAUAAUGGCCUCUGGUCUAGCCCUGCGUUUACCUGUGACAAACAGCUGUCUGCUGUCUACCAUGAAAGAUAAAGUACACAACACAGGAACUUUUGAAGAUUGAAAACAAUAAGUCCAUAGCAGAUAAACUACUUAUUCUAACUCAUAGCUAAGUGCUUUAAAAAACUCAGCUAAUGGAGUUCCUGUUGUGGCUCAGCGGUUAAUGAAUCUGACUAGGAACCAUGAAGUUUCGGGUUUGAUCCCUGGCCUCGCUCAGUGGGUUAAGGAUCUGGCGUUGCCGUGAGCUGUGGUGUAGGUCGCAGCCAUGGCUUGGAUCCUGAGUUGCUGUGGGGUAGGCGGGUGGCUACAGCUCCAAUUAAGACCCCUCGCCUGGGGGCCUCCAUAUGCCUCAGGUGCAGCCCUAAAAAGACAAAAAAAAAAAAAAAGACAAAACAAAAAAAAAAAACACAAAACCAAAACUCAGCUACAAAAACCUGCCAUAUGGAAAAUAAUAAAUAAAAUAACAUUUAUUUUAACGAGCAUUUACUAUGUGCCAGGCAUUGUUCUAAGAAUUUUGUGAAUAUUAAUUCACUUCAUAGUUUUAUUUAUGAGAGAGACACUAAAACUACCUUAUUUUGGGGGCAAGGAAAAUGAUUCACACAUUGUUAAGAAACUGGUACUUGGUCACAGAGCCAGGAUUUGAGCCAGGUAGUUUGCCUAUAGAACCCAGGCUCUCGGCCAGUGCGCUAUGCUAUUUUUCCAUGUUUGAUCUAUGAACACUGGAAAUUUCUGACUGUCACAGGUCAAGUGGUACUCGUUACAUUUAACAUUAUUUACGAUUGUAAAAUUUUGUUCAUAUAUUAUAGAACCAGUGGUGUAGAGAAUUUAUCAUCCCUGAAGAAACUAUAUAUUAUAGGAGUAAUGUCCUUAUAGGAGAGGCACAUUGAUUUCCCUGUCCAUGCAAGUACUAACAUCCCACACUGUUAACCUUACUCAAAAGACUUCCUGCAGAGUGUCUUCCAUGAUGAAUUUUAUCUGCUGUGUUUGUCUGGCACACAUGGACUCAACACCUCAUCGCUUUUCACUUGUGAACAUGUGCUUUACUGCUCUGUGUCACUGCAGGAUGUCUUCCAUGAGGAAUUUUAUCUACUCUGUUUGGCACACAUGGACCCAAACCUUCACUGUUUUUUAGUUGCAAACAUGUGUUUUAUUCCUCUAUGUCAUCCAUCUCUUCAGUAUGUCACUUGAUAUAUGCUUUCUUGCAAGUAGGCAGUAAGAUUCUGAAGGAGGAGCACUAUCUUCUAUUUAUUCUGCAAUGAAAUUUCCUUCACAACUUCACACUUAAGCACCACAUCCCAACAAUCCUGAAUUUUUCCGGGGGAGGGUAGGGGAGCGUCACAUGCUCUUUUGAGCUUCAAUGCAGUAUAACAAUGAUAAAUUAUAAAGCUGUCUAAAGUCGGACAUAUCACAUAAUGUCUAGCAGGCAUCUCAAACUUUACAUAUGCCCUAAACCCAAAGUAACUUUUAAAAAUCAAAUCUGUGCCAACUCAAUUUUUUUCUCCCUCAGUAGCAGAAAAUUUUCACCCAUAAACUUCUCUCCCAUGGUCACCAAAUUCUAAACUCUGCUAUUACAAAGGCCUCUUGUGACUGUCACUUCUAUUUCAACUCCACUGACCCUAACCACAUUCAGCCACAAUGAUCUCUCACUCAGACCAUGGCAAUAGCCUUCUAAAAAGAAUGCUCUGAAUUCAAUGUCUUAUUAGUUGAAUCCAACCUUUGUGCUGCUACGUUUCCAAACAUCAAUAUAAUCACAGGUAUUCACUGAAAACAACUUAUAAAGAAGUCCUAAUUCCUUGCUAUGGCAUUCACUACUUUCCAUCUAUCAGACUUGUUUCCACCUGGCUGGCUAGCUUACUGAGGUUAGAACUAUGUCUCCUUGAAAAUCUGGGACAGUGCAGUGAGACUCUCCCACCCGUGUUUGUGUAGAGAAACUAGUUUUGUUGAACUGGAAUUAUUAACAUAACUCUUAUACCACGACAGCUCAGCUGGAAAUGUGGCCACACUGUGUGUGUCCCUCUACUACCACACUCAGAGAGGCUCCUGGGCCGCUUCAGAGCACUGUCAUCACCUUCUGGGUAGAGCAGCAGCAGAGAAGGCCGACUGUGGGCAGUCAACUGGCUUUCCUUACUCGGGAGUUUGGAAAGGGAGCCCUGAUUUACUUUCACUAUUCCUCUGACAGAUUUGACCUGCCUCCAAGAUUGAGUGGGACUAGCAGUGAUAAAAUGUGAUCGAAACCAAAAAAUGACUUUCUUUUUUACUUUUGUCAUUCUAUGGCCUCAACAUUAUCCUAAGCAUUGUGCUAACAUAGCCUAGAAAGCAAAACUAUACCUUGAGCACGGCAAGUUCCCAGAGCAAUCUCAGCUCUGACAAGCAGCGGCAUCUUUUCAAGUUCGCGAGAGAACAAGAGAAACAUCGGGUUCUUCCUGUUUCUCGCGAGAACUAAGCACCAGCUUGCAGCUUGCAGCAUCUCCUGGGUCAACAGCAAUGGCGGCCGAGUUGUCUGAGCGGUUGUUUUCGCUGGAACUGCUCGUCGAUUGGGUACGCCUUGAACCCGGGCUGCUUCUGCAGCCCGUAGUCGCGCUGGAGGAGCAGGAGGAGAAAGAGGAGGCGGAGGCAGAAGAGGCAUCGCAGCCGCGGCGCUCGCGCGGUCUGUGUCUCGCCGUGGCCUUCCGCCUGCUGGACUUCCCCACGCUGCUGGUUUACCCUCCCGGCGGCCCCGCCUCCCCCGCUCCCGAACCUCGACCGGGCCUGGUCAGCUUCGGUCGCGGCAAAUCCUGUCUCUUCCGCCUGCACCCCGCCACCCUGCACCGCCUGCUUCUUCAGACGCCGCUUUACACCUUGCUGCUGCAGCUCCGCCCUGGGCGCCCGACUCCUGCCCCGCUGCUCCUGGGGGCCUGCAGCAUCUCUCUGGCCGCUGCAGCCCGCAGGGUCCUGGGGCCCGCCGCCUCCGGCUGCUCCCAGGGUUAUCGGGGAAGCUUCCCUCUGCAUAACCAAGAGGGGGAGCGGAUUGGGGACAUUGCCCUGGGCUACCGUCUGACUGAUCUGGGAAGCAGCUUGUUGGGUCAUCUGGAGCAGCCAGUCACUUCCACGGGAGUCGGAGUGGCAGUAGAGGUCAGUUCCCAGACCUUGCAGGAGAAACAGCAGCCGAAGCAGCUGAACUCAGAGCCACACCCAGGAGAUGCUGAUAAGCCUCUGGUGGAUGUGAACAUCUCAACAGCACAGAAGGAUUUGAAGGACCACAGUAAGGCCAAGUCUGGUAACACAGGUUCUGUGGAGAAUGGCAAAACCAACUCUCUUAUUUGUUCAAAUGCUAGCAGUGAGAGGCGCGUUAGCCCCCCAGAUCAGGAAGAGACAGAGUUGGACAUGGAAACCAACAUAAUUUGCCCUCCUCCUCUGUAUUACACUCAUCUGACCCAAGAAAAGACACCUCCUAAACAGGGUAAAAUUACUAUUGAGUCUCAAAUGAACGCAUCUGAGGAACUGGAUGGUACUUUUCCUGAAGAAAAACUUGUAAAUCCCCCAGCACAUACCAAUCCUUCAGAACAUACAAAUUCUGCAACGCAGGAGAGGCCUCCUGGGCUUAUAAAUCUUCCACAUGUUCAGGAUACAGGAGCCAGUAACCAAACUACAUACCCUCCUCAGAGUGAACAAAAUAGAAUUAAUACUAUAAGGCAGCUGCCUUUGUUAAAUGCUUUGUUGGUUGAGUUGUCCCUGUUAUACAGCCAACCCAUGGCAAGCCCUUCUCAUAUACACCCUCACUUAGCCUGGUUAUAUAGAACUGAGGAUAAGAGGUCGCCAGAAUUUUCUGCCAAAUCCACAUGUAAAUCCGAAUCAAAGAAGGAUGAGCUUUUUCGGGGGGAAAAGGAAAAGACAGUGAGUCUUCAGUAUAGAAGGAGCCAAACUGAAAAUCUCAAGAAAGGUAAACAUUUUGAAAAGAAAGGUGGUGCCCUCCCAAAAAGAGUUCCAAAGGGAAAGCUACUUUAUGGCUUAACAAAUACACUUAAACUACGUUUAAAGCAAACAAACCCUGGUAUGUUGGCAGUACACGAAAAGAGAGAACAGUAUAGAAAAAUGCAAGCCCAGAUGUUAGAUGCAAAACUCAGAAUUCCAUCAUCCAAAGUUAAGGUAUUCAGUUUUGCAGAACAACAUCAACUGCCUAAAGAUAAGAAUGAAUCAGAUGCAUUUUUUGGAAAUAGUGAUACCUCAAAGCAAAUUAGUGUAGUUUUGGAUCACUCCAGCACAACUCAAGAAACUCAGCUGAAAUGUGCAACUGAAAAGACAGUUGAUUGUGGUGAAAAUAGAACCAGUGAUGAUUUAUUGGAAGAAAUUGUGGAUUCUUCAAAUUCGAUUGUCUCAGAAAAAUUUGUUCAUGCAGACAUUCUGAAAGGGGAAGUGAAAGUCCACAGUUUGGGUGUUUUCCAAGAGGUUGCACUUGUUGACAGAACUAUAGUAGGUGAAGAGCUAGGUGAUAAGCAGGUCAGAACCAUUGAUAAUGACAUUCCUACUGCUGAUGCAUAUAUGAGUGAAAAGAAUCCAAGUAAAAGUAGUUGCUGUGAAAGCAUCUCAGAGAUGAAGUAUUCAGAUGACUUCACCAGCCCUUGCUGUUCUGAAGACAGCAACAGAAUUUUACAAGCUCGUGAUAACAGUCCAGGGACAGAAAAUCCAAAGCAUAGUCAACAUACAAGUAAGUCGAGUGAAACAAGAUUGUCCAUGAGGAAAAAUAGCAGUGAACAGAGUUCUAUUCUUAGCCCACCUUUUUCAGCUGGAUCACCAUUACUCUCAAAUAAAAGAUUUCACUUUGCAAAGACUGAAGAUAAAAGUUUGGAGGAAGCAUCUCGUAUCUCUACUAGUGAUUUCUCUUCAUCACUUUGGACUGAGGAAAAAGAAAACCAGACAUUUAUGCACAAAGUUAUAAAAAGGGAUCAAGGCAGCUCUACUGAACUUAAAACAAGAACUGGUUGCAAGUCCUCAGAAAAAAGCCAGUCACCUCGGACAUCUCAAGUGAGUUCUUAUCUGCCGUCUAAUUUGUCAGAACUAGAACUUAAUGUCCUGGAUAGCAGUACAUCACAUCACUUUGAAGAAGACAGCGAUGACAUUGGUCCACUAAACAUUUCCAAGCAAUGCAAAGAUAUUUGUGAAUUAGUAGUAAAUAAACUUCCAGGAUAUACAGUGUAAUCCUGUAUGUGCUUUUAAAUAACAUUUAAUUUUUUAUAAACUGUGUGUACUGUUAGUGAAACAGUUUUUAAUAGCUCUACAUUAUUUUUAGUACAUAAAUUUAUGUGACUAAUUCUUUUUCAGAAUGUAAAUGUUUGUCAUUCCUUUGGUGGGUAAAUAGGAUUCUACCACUGAAUCUGACAAAGAUCAUGUGAUCACCUUAUAACCUAGGUAAGUUGUUUUAUAAGAUAAAAGUAUCUUCCUAAACUGUCUCUAUUAAAGUAUGCCAAAAUAUCAGUCAUCCUAAAGCUGACUUCAUGCACAGCAUUGAGAAAAGGCUGGUUAAUAAGGAUAGCCUCACAUUUUAAUGGGAAUAAAUCAUUUAGUGAAUAUAAAAGACUUACUGUAUGAGAUGCAGAAAGGUACAAAAAAUUUAGGAUAUAGCCCCUGCAGUUUUGAGAGCUUACAGUUUUAUAUAGAUGUUAAUUUUUAAGAAGUCUUCCUGGACACAUACACAUUCCAUAUCUCCAGCAGGUGAAGUCCUUUGUAUAUGCUGUUGUGCUUCAUAUUUUUUAUACCACAGUUUCUGUGUGUGAUUAAUGUUUAUUUCAUAAUAUGUUGUAAGUUAUGUAAUGGAAGGGACCAUUUCUGUUUUGUCCACCAAUAUGGUCUUAGUAUCUGGCAUAGUCUCUGGCUGGGGUGCAGUAAAAGCACUUGUUGAACAAAUAAAUGGUGACCAUUUAUUGUAAGCAAGUUUUCAUUAUUAUGGAGGAAACAAAAUAUAAGCAAUAUCGGAAUCAUCAGAAAGAUAAUUCUUUAAAAUACCUAAUGAGCUGGGGUUGUGGGAUGGAAAUCCUAUAAAAUUGGAUUGUGAUGAUCAUUGUACAGCUAUAAAUGUAAUAAAUUCAUUGAGUAAAAAAUAAAGUUAAAAAGUAAUAAAAAAAUAAAAUACCUAAUGAAAGGGAUUAGAAUUAAGCAGUAAAAACAAGGAAAAACUAAGACUAUCCUUAUUGGAGACAUGGUUAUUUGACUAUAAUAUUUUUGUUUUGCUAGAUAUUAACAUCCUUUAGGUAUUCUCUGAACUAUUUGGAAAAGGGAGCCAAAAAAGUUGUCUUCCUAUACAGUUUCAUAUGUAGAAAUCCAGUUUAUUGUCAUUUCAGCUUGGUCCAUAGUUAUUUUUAACAUAUGAAAGUUUGUAUGAAGUCUAGUGAUCAUUUCUUUAUGGUUUUUUCCAGUGAUUUUAUACUUAAACCUUAUUCUGUGUUCAGAUAUUUACAUAUGUUUUCUUCUAUCUGUGUUACAUUUUAAUGUUUACAUUAAUUUUUAAAAUAUAAUAUUUUGGGAUGUAGGAGGCAAGGCCCUAAUUUUUGUUCCUUUAAAAAAAUUAAAUAAUUAUGUGUUGUCUUUUGAAUGAUCAUAAUAGUAGAUGGAAUUUAUAUAGAUGUUAAAAGAUGAAGAUACUGUAUUUCGAGGAAAAGUAUGGAUAAAAGAAUGAUGAUAGGAGUGAACAUCGUGUAUUCAUGGAAUGUGAAAAUAUUAUCUUGACAGAAUGGAAGAUAAUACUGAGUGGUAGAAAGAAAAUUUGUUGAGUAAGAAAAGUCCCAGAUUGUAGAGAGCUUCAAAUACCAAGCAUUAUAGUAAUGAAGUCCUAAGCAAUAGAAAUAGUAGGGUAUUUUAAUUUGUAAAUGAGUACCAGUUAAGUAAUUGAUAUUUAAAUUAUCAAAAUUAGUUCUUAGAGAAAUUUCUGAGAGAAAGUUUUACUAGUGAAAGUUUUGAAAUAUGAAAUGUUUUUAAUGUCUAAUGGCUAUGAUCUUAAUUUUUUGGUAAAUAGAAAGCAUAUGGUAUGUCAUCUUGCAAAAUCAAAAUCAUUUAAUGGCAGGUGCUGUAGUGAGAUUUUCAGAUGACAUCAGUGGGAUUGUAAAUUGUUAGCAAGUUUUCAUUAUUAUGGAGGAAACAAAAUAUAAGCAAUAUCAGAAUCAUCAGAAAAA